CCCAUUCUGGCAGGCGACGUGUGCUGCGGGUCCCUAGCGUCCCCUCCGGCGCGCUCUUGGACCCACUUUCCAGAGCGGAAGUCUGCCUGCUCGGGCUCCGGUGGGACCUGGUCGGAGGAAUGGCGCCGCCGGGUUCCAGCGCUGUCUUCCUGUUGGCUCUGACGAUUGUAGCCAGCACCCAGGCUUUGACACCUACCCACUACCUCACCAAGCAUGAUGUGGAGAGACUGAAAGCCUCAUUGGAACGUCCUUUCACAAAUUUGGAGUCUGCCUUCUAUUCCAUCGUGGGACUCAACAGCCUGGGGGCCCAGGUGCCAGAUGUCAAGAAAGCGUGUACCUUCAUCAAGUCUAACCUUGACCCCAGCAACGUGGACUCUCUCUUCUAUGCUGCCCAGUCCAGCCAGGUCCUCUCGGGCUGUGAGAUAUCUGUUUCAAAUGAGACCAAAGACCUCCUUCUGGCAGCAGUCAGUGAAGACUCCUCUGUUGCCCAGAUCUACCAUGCAGUUGCAGCACUCAGUGGCUUUGGCCUUCCCUUGGCAUCUCAUGAAGUCCUUGGUGCCCUCACUGCUCGCCUCAGCAAGGAGGAGACCGUGCUGGCAACGGUCCAGGCUCUGCAGACAGCAUCCCACCUAUCACAGCAGGCUGACCUGAGGAACAUCGUGGAGGAGAUUGAGGACCUUGUUGCUCGCUUGGAUGAACUUGGGGGCGUGUAUCUCCAAUUUGAGGAAGGACUGGAAACCACAGCCUUAUUUGUUGCUGCCACCUACAAGCUCAUGGACCAUGUGGGGACCGAACCAUCCAUGAAGGAGGAUCAGGUCAUCCAGCUAAUGAACACAAUCUUCAGCAAGAAGAACUUUGAGUCCCUCUCAGAAGCCUUCAGUGUGGCCUCUGCUGCUGCUGCAUUGUCCCAGAAUCGUUAUCACAUGCCAGUGGUGGUUGUGCCCGAGGGCUCUGCUUCUGACACUCAUGAACAAGCUAUCCUUCGGUUACAAGUCAGCAAUGUUUUGUCUCAGCCUCUGUCUCAAGCUGCAGUUAAGCUGGAACAUGCUAAGUCAGUGGCUUCCAGAGCUACUACUGUCCUGCAGAAGAUGCCCUUCACACUUGUAGGGGAUGUUUUUGAGCUAAACUUCAAGAAUGUUAAACUUUCCAGUGGUUACUAUGACUUCUCUGUCAGAGUUGAAGGGGACAACCGUUACAUUGCAAACACUGUAGAGCUUAGAGUCAAGAUCUCCACUGAAGUUGGCAUUACAAAUGUGGACCUUUCCACUGUGGAUAAGGACCAGAGCAUUGCACCUAAGACUACCCGGGUGACCUACCCAGCCAAAGCCAAGGGUACGUUCAUCGCGGACAGCCAUCAGAACUUCGCCCUGUUCUUCCAGUUGGUAGAUGUGAACACUGGUGCUGAACUCACCCCUCACCAGACAUUUGUUCGACUUCAUAACCAAAAGACUGGCCAGGAAGUGGUGUUUGUUGCUGAACCAGAUAACAAGAAUGUGUAUAAGUUUGAACUGGAUACCUCUGAAAGAAAGAUCGAGUUUGAUUCUGCCUCUGGCACCUAUACACUGUACUUAAUCAUCGGAGAUGCCACUUUGAAGAACCCAAUCCUCUGGAAUGUGGCUGAUGUGGUCAUCAAGUUCCCUGAAGAAGAAGCUCCCUCCACUGUUGUGUCCCAGAGCCUCUUUACCCCAAAGCAGGAAAUUCAGCACCUGUUCCGAGAGCCUGAGAAGAGGCCCCCCACCGUGGUGUCCAAUACGUUCACAGCCCUCAUUCUCUCGCCCUUGCUCCUGCUCUUUGCACUGUGGAUCCGGAUUGGUGCCAAUAUCUCCAACUUCACCUUUGCUCCUAGCACAAUUAUCUUUCACCUGGGACACGCUGCAAUGCUGGGGCUCAUGUAUGUCUACUGGACUCAGCUCAACAUGUUCCAGACCCUGAAGUACCUGGCUGUCCUGGGCACCGUGACAUUUCUGGCUGGCAAUCGAAUGCUGGCCCAGCAGGCCGUUAAGAGGAUCGCUGCAGAGCAGAGCAGUAGAUUGGCAAAAUAUAGGACACUACGAACAGCACAUUAGUUCCUGAAGAAGGUUGAAGACCCUGCAAACUGAAAUGAUUGCUUAGCAAGGAGUGAAGACAGUUCAUAAUGCGAAAGGAGGAAUAAGGGGAAACAAAACAAAAUGAAAAGAAUCUGUCAUUUAAAAAAGUAAAAAGUUGAGAUGUGGUUACACUUUUACUUGUUUCUCACUUUCUGUUUUACAGAGCAGAUACGUUUGGGCCCAGAUUGACUGUCCCUUUGUCAUGAUGCCUGGCAAGAUGCUGUGACUAUCCCAAAUGUUGUUACAUUUCAAAAGUUGGACUCUGUAAUUCAUUUACUUUGGAAUAAAGAGAAUGAAGAUGGGAA